AUGGAUGGUCUUAAACCUGGUCAAUGUAAAAUAAUGUUUAUUUGUUUUACAAAAAAUUUAAUCCGUGAUAUAAAAGUUGCACGAUUAGCUGGUAAAGUUGCUGAAAGUUCUACUUAUCAUCAUGGUGAACAAUCAUUAAUAAAUACAAUCGUUGAUCUUGCACAAAAUUUUGUUAGUUUAAAUAAUAUUAAUUUUCUUGUACCAGCUGGUCAAUUUGGUACAUGUUUACAUGGUGGUAAUGAUGCGGCUUCAACACACAAUGAUUGUUCAAAUAAUGUUAUUAAUGUUGUUUAUGUUAAACUUGAUAAAAUAUUUAUUAACAUAACCGAUUUACCAUUUGAUACUUGGACACCAUAUUAUAAAGAAACUGUUCUUGAAAUAAUGUUUCAUCUAAAACGAAAUGAUAUUACACCAACUAUUCUUGAUUAUAAAGAAUAUCAUAUAGAUACAACAGUUCGUUUUGUUGUCAAAUUAUGA